CUUCGGUGGCGGCAGCAACAGGGGAAGAGCGGCGGCGCUCGCGAGGUAGCCAAGCGGGACGCGGAGCCGGCCGUCCACCCACUCGCAAAUCGAGACGAGCUGACUCGGCGGCGGCGGCCACCUCAUGAACUCCUUGUGAACCUAUAUAAAGCGCAGACAUGGAGUAGGAGGUGAAGGAGAACAGACGGCGGGCGCGUAAGGGAGAAGACGGAAAAAGCCGAGAAGGGCGGUGAAACGCUCCUCUUUCGCUGCUGCAGCUCAGCUCAGGGGACAUCAGGACCGUCUAAGUCAGGGGUCUGACUGAAGCCAGCGGAGACAGGGAGUAAGUGGGAAACACAUUCUCUUUUUCUGGAUUGUCCCCACAAGUGCAAUGUGCAAACUUCUAAGGUCGUCAGUGCUGAUUGGGCUGAUGGCAUUGAUACUUUCUGCAGGACAUUGUAAAGAAAAAUCAGAAUCUAGUGUGGGGCUGAAGGAAAGACAAAAUCUCUUAAAUCUGAUAAUGGAGAUAAUUCAAGAACUGAAAAAAUACCAUCUAGAAGAGGAUGAAGAAAAUGGAGUGCAGUACAAGCAAGACUACCCACCUCUUGAUCAAAGGGAAAUGCCUGACUAUGGAACUUACUCAGAGGAACAGAAAGUUGAAAUAUUUCCUAGAGACCUGAGAAUGAAAGACAAAUUUUUAAACCAUUUAACAGGUCACCUUUACUUUGGCCCAAAAUGCACUAAACACUUUCAUAGACUUUAUCACCAUACAAGAGAUUGUACCAUACCUGCAUAUUAUAAAAGAUGUGCCAGGCUUCUUACUCGGUUGGCAGUAAGUCCAAUGUGCACAGAAGGAUAAGAUGCUACUAUUAUCAAAGGAAAAAUAUAUAGAAGAACCAAGAGAAGUGCCUUGGAAACUGACAGGGAAAUUGAAUUUAGCAUUUUUGUAAUAUAUGGCAUUAUGAACCAGAGAUUUAUUUUUGGAAAUUGAUGGACUACGUCUCAUAAAACUUUAAAAAUGUGUUUUGUAUCCCAUCAUCACUGUUUACAGAUGCAUUCUUUUUAGUGAAAAACUACCAAAAGGUUAAUUACUUGUUCAUGUUUUAUGCUUUAAAGUUGCUCUACAACAGUUGUGUUGUACUGCCAAAAAAGUAGCAAGUACCAUCUUUUCAAGUAUAGACAUGUUUCCCGUUGAGACAUUACAGCACAAUCAAGGAAACCUGCCUGUGGAGGAAGCAUUGAUAUCUUUCUUGCUUAUGCAAUUGAAAAUGUUAUGUUACAAACUUUUCAUAAAGCUGUUACAGUGGUGGUCUACUAGACUGCAUGCCAUAGGCAAGAGAUAAACCUGUUUUAGGUUGGAUUCUGUAUCCACUCUAAAGUCACUUCUUUCCUGUACAAUAGAAAUAUACAUUCCAGCUAAAUGUGCAAUAUGUACAUAUUGUAAAUUCACAAAUAUAUGUAAUAAAAUGUUUUGU